AUCGGUUAAUAUAGAUUGGAAAAGUAAUAUUCUAAUAUUAAAUCUUCUAAAAUUAGAUCUCAUGCGAUUAUGUUCUUUUGGUUUUUUUCUUUGGUUUAAAGAUAUGACUGAACAUUUUACUUCUCUUGAAGGCACCUUUGAUUCCUUAAGAAAUCUAGAUUCUUAUUUUCUCAUUUAAUUAGGUUCUCUUGUAACAAGUAAACACAACACCUCUCGAUCAUAUUGGUUAUCAUAUAAGGUUUCUUCUUAAGGUGGUGUAAUGAUCUAGAUUCUUUCUUCCCUUUAUAUAAAAUUUUGCUAGUUCAAACAUUGGGUUUAAGAAAUGAGAACUCAAUUUUGGGGUUUUCUACUUUUUCUGCUUCUACUGAACUUCUUUUGCCAAGCGGCAAGGCCAGUGAUGACGAUCAGGUCAGAGUCACUAGUAGGGCCACAAGGGAACACAACGUUCUUGGAGGGAACAACAUGGUGUGUGGCUCGACCAGGUGCGUCUCAAGCUGAGCUACAGAGAGCUCUAGAUUGGGCAUGUGGGAUUGGGAGAGUGGAUUGCACGGUCAUUGAGAGACAUGGUGAUUGUUACGAACCAGACACAAUCGUGUCGCACGCAUCGUUUGCGUUUAAUGCAUAUUACCAAACCAAUGGGAACAAUCGCAUUGCUUGUUACUUCGGUGGAACAGCUACACUCACCAAGAUUAACCCUAGCUACGGAAAAUGCUCCUAUGAUGUAUCCAAAUCGGAAGUCUCCGCGGCAAGAUCUCUAUCGAAGGAUAAACCUCGGUGGCUCAUGCUGAUGUACUUGUACAUCGGAAUUGUAUUGCUUAUUAGUUGGAGAGGCUAACACCUUUGCCGAAAACGUAGAAAUAUGAAUAUCAGUUGUGCGGGAAUCUUUAUUCUUGAGCUAAAUUUUCAAACCUUUUGGUUAAAUUGUAGCAGUUAAGCUUUGUUUUUGUUCUUACCUUUGUUCAUGAGUUAAGAAUCUUAAAGCCUUAGAGUCUUCCUUACGUAUACCAACAACUAUUUCUUUUAUUUUCAUGUUAAAUAAUCUCUUAGUACGUAGUA